AUGUCAAUUUUCCUUAAUACCUCCUUGAAGUCACAUGUGCAUCGACGUGGUCUCGUAGAACUGGCAAAGACCAUAGACUGUGUCGGCCCCCGCAAUCCCCUGGUCUAUAUUAGCUAUGGCUGCUAUUGUGGACUGGGUGGCCAUGGCCAGCCCCUGGAUGACAUUGACCGGUGCUGUCAUCGUCAUGACUGCUGCUACCGACAUGCCAAGUUGGAGGCUGGCUGCAGGGCCAAGCUGGAGUCCUAUUCCUGGAAGUGCAUCGAUCAGCGCAUUGAAUGUGGACCAACAGAGGACAAAUGUCAAGAACUCUUGUGCAAGUGUGACCAGGAGAUUGCUUACUGCUUAGCCAAAACUGAGUACCAUUUAAAGUACCUCUUCUAUCCACGUUUCUUAUGUGGGCAGGACUCACUCAAGUGUGAUGACUAGUUUGACUUGGAAUGUUCUUUUGCACAAGGAAAUAAAACGCCUUUUCACUAACAGCAGCCAUAUUAAGUUCACAUUCCGAGGGGAAUUGAGUUAAAGUGUUAAAAGCUGCAACCUGUGUUUGUUCUCUCUGUCCCCGAACUUGGGGCUGGAGUCUGUUGGAUUUCCAGUUAGACUAAGGUCAAAAUCCCAUGCCUAUUUAUAAAACCAUGACUGUGUUUAUGACUGUAUUGGGUUUGGUACCAUUUCUGAGGUUCAACCGUUAUGAAAAGGCUGAGCUUGUCUUCUAACCUGUUCCUGAUGAACAAACACCUGCUAAGUGCCUGGCCUUGUCCUAGGUUCUGGGUUGAGGCAAUAAACAAGACAACCACAUGACACUGGCCCUUGUGAAGUUCAAGUCUAGCAGCUGUUAGCUCAAGAAAGAG